AGUCUGUAUCAGAGGAGUCAAAGACAGACCUGAGAGAGGGACUCUCAUUCUACUGACCACAUUUCAAUCACAUCACACCAAGGAAUUAAAGGUGAGAAGGUCGAAGAAGAAAAGGAGUUGAAGACUAACUUCUUAUUUCAUCUUUGAGCUGCUUCACUAACAAUGGACCGAUCUGACACUGAUGAGCUGAACAUUCAGAUGCCUCCUGUUGCAGAGGACAACAGCAGGAUCAACAGAGUCAUCAGACAACUUCCCUGUGUUACCUCUCGUUUGGCAUCACUCCUUUCCAUCUUUUGCUUUGGACUGGUGUCAGGAGCUCCAGGAGGUCUUCUGCUGGGAGGGACAGCAGUCGUUGUGCUUCAGUCCCUGGAGCUUCUGUCUGACAACAGGGUGCUCAUGGACCAGUUAGAAAAAUACACCACUGAUGAUUAUUAUUUGGAAAAACAAGAGAACAGAAGUUUAACACAGGAAGAGAAUAUUCAAAUACAUGACAUUCACAUAUCCAUAUUUACAGUGAUAUUUGGUGUGUUUUCCUCAAGCUUGUCAUUAGCUGCAGGUAUCUGUAUUGGAUUAUCAAUGUAUUCACUGGUGAUUAAACACAGAGGUGAAGCAGCAAUGGGCAAGGCCCUGAGCAUGGCUGGGUCAGUGAGUCUCGUGGGUGUCAUUGCAGCUGGAUACAUUCUGGGCCUCACUUUAGAAAGUUUUCUACUCAUGACUUUAUAUGUGCAUAUUUCUCUGUGGGUUCCUGUUUCAGGAGAACUACUACUGCUUCUGUGUAUCGUCCUGGCCAGGUCUCAAUCAAGUUAUAUUUUGGUUGCAGUUGGUCUUUCUUUUUUGACAUCACAUGCUGCAUUGAUUACAUUUAUUAUCGGUAGUUUCUGUAAAAUGAGGUUAACUCUUCUUUUUACUUUAACCCCUAUGAUGCUAGCUCUAAAAGAGCUUGAAAAACCACAUUCCAUCGAACCAACCACUCUAACUGUGCCAUUGAUGUUGAUCAUAUGUGAUUUAUAUAAAGUUGCAGGGCAGCAGAUUGUUACCUUACAGCCACCAACAUCCACAGACACAAGCAGUGUUGUACCAGAGGCCGUUUUUGUUGGACUUUUAACUUCUCUGCUGUGGACAGUUACUGUAGGAAUGUCACUGUUUGAAUCUUGGCAAAGGGGCGGAGCAGGUAAAAUCUGUGCUACUGCUGCAGGUUCUGGUGCAGCAGUUUUGGGUGUCAUAAAGUUGGCUCUGCCUGUGCUGGGUCCAGGUCCCACUGUAGGAGCUCUGGUGGGGGUAGCAGGAGCAGCAGGAGUAUGUGUUUCUGCAGCGGUGGCUGUGACAGAGCAGCAUGGCCGAGAAGUAGACCACUAUGGGCUGGUGGGAAGUGUGGGGGUGACAGUGGGGGCAGCUGUGGGAGCUUUUCUAUCCUCAUGUGUCCACAGUGGGCUGUCAGGUAUGUUCAUGGCUCUGUGUGCAGCUACAGUUCCUGCUGGAGCCUUUCUGAAAGUGCUAAUUUUACGUUCCACAUCACGACUGCUUGUGUAUUUGUGGAUAUGCUUAUAUCUAGUCCUUAUAUUCCUUAACCACACUACUUUGCUCGUGUUAUGGCUAUUGAACAAGUUUGAGAGAACAAGACACUGAGUCCAGAUAAGCGUUUGAGCACCGUUUCAUAAAUAAUUUCUGCUCAUACUACCAUGCCCAGAAACAUAUAUCACAUGAUCAUCGGCAUACACUGUACAAUGGAAAUGUUGCUUAACAUUGAAUAAUAACAUAUCACCUGCAGAUGUGGCAGUACCAUUCUAAAACACAGGAAGUGCACAACAGCUGCUAGUUUUGACACCAAGGUUAGCGACACCAAUAACUUGUUAUCCAUGAUGAAUGAACAGCUGGUAAUCAAACCCACGUGGGUGAAAUUGGGCUUCAGGGCUUACUUCCAGAGAGCCCUUUCUGCAAGAAAGCAUUUCUGCCACGUAGUGAAUGUUGUGAAAGGGUCUUUCUUAACCCAAACCAUGAUCUUUUCCUUCCUGGAGGCGCUGUUAUUUGUUUUCUUCCUGAAAGGGUCACAUGGUAAAGGUGUGAGAAAUCAGAGGAGGAAACUUUGACUCAUACGGCCCAAUCAGGAAGCAAACAUAAGCGUCCAUGUGACUGCUUUCAAAACUCUGUAUUUCCACCUGUCCAGACAUACACAGUCCUGGAGUUUUCAAACUAAGACGGCGUCAGCUGCAUUUUUGAGAGCCUCUGUCGUAGGUCUUCGAAUACGUCUGAGUAGUGAGGAUGCAUACAAUGGAUGGAUGCAUGUUACACAUAAACAUAGCAAAAGUUCUGCAUUUUAAAAUGAAAAUGUGUUAGUGUGGAUUUUUUAUGGGAAGGAGCUUUGGCAUCUAGACCACAUGGACAAUAAACACUUAAAAAACCUAUGCACAACACACCUGCUACACAGACAGAAGAUUCUGUGUGAUAUGAAUUAUCUAGCAAUAACAUGCUUUGAUUCAACAACGAAUUGGAAGGAGUGGCACAUUAUCAGCACACAAAACUGGACUUGCAUGCAGUUUGAAAAUCUUGUUAUUUGAUGAACUUGGGUUCAUUGUUUGUGUUUUUCUGCUUCUGUACAGCUUUAGUAAUGAAUACAAUGAAGAAUUAAUGGUGACACACUUUAAAACAGACCAGAUACUGCAUAUCAGUGAGGGUUACAGAGCAUAGAGGGGAGAACUGGUUACACAGCAGACAAUUUUGUCCAACUUUUUAAUUUAAAGUCUCCAUCUUGUUAUUUUUCACUGAACCCAAAAUGUUUUUGCUCAGAAUAAAGAACUCCAAAUGUG